CAACUUUUCAGGUGUUGAUCUUCAGAUUUGGUGAUGAAUGUCACUUUAAAAAACAAAAGAAACAAAACUAAUUGACUAAUUAAACUCGGUUUUUCUGACUCUACACGACUCAACCAACUGUCCAAUUAAGUAAAGCCAGAACCCAGCUUGUAGAACCUGAGUGAAUGUGCUCUGUACGCCUCUGUGGAGAGUCAUGCUUUCAGAGACCAUUUUUGGUUUCAUUUUAAUUUAUUUUAUUUGUAUAGCCCUUUUUACAUCCACCCUCCAAGAAAGGGAAGCCAAGGUCCCAUCUGCUAAUGCUUCUACCAUGAGGUGCCAACGCAUAUAGAGAAAAGCCUGAAGAAAGACGACUGCAAGCCAAAGCUGCUAAUCGCCGACGCACUCCUGCCCCAACAUACCAAGUGGGACAAAAGGUUUGGCUCUCCACCAAAGAUCUCCCCCUGGGAGUGGAGAGCAAGAAGUUGGCACCUCGUUUUGUGGGUCCGUUCCCCAUAUCCAAAGUGGUGAACCCGGUGGCAGUCCGCCUACAGCUACCUCGCUCCAUGAGAAUCCACCCUACGUUUCAUGUGUCCCGGGUCAACCCCUACAUCAAGUCCCACCUGGAACUCUCCUCCAGGCCCCCUCCACCCACCUGGCUCCCGGAUGGUGAGCCUGUCUACACGGUGUGUCACAUUCACCUGUCUAGGAGUAGAGGCCGGGGUUUUCAAUAUCUGAUGGACUGGGAGGGUUAUGGACCUGAGGAGCGCUCCUGGAUUCCGGCUCGCUUCAUCAUCGACAGCAGCCUCAUCAGGACCUUUCACAGCUCCCUAAUUGUCUCUCCCGCUUCACCUGUUCACCUGGCUUUAGAAGCAGCAAGCUGACAAACAGCGCCAGAUUAUCGAAAGCCACCAUCUUCUGGAUCCUGGACACCAACCUUGAUUCUGUCUCCUGACUACCACUCCCUGCCUCUCCUUCGGAUCCUGUCGCCUGUUAUUGCUUCCCCGGAUCUGACCCAAUUCUUGCCCCCUGACCACAGCACUCUCCCUGUUCACUGGGUUUGCAAACCUUAGAGCCCGUGUGACAUCACCUAACCACUGCACUGAGGAGCCGAAAUUCACCUUCGGUAUUUCCCAUACGGAUUCUGAAAAGAUGUACCAGUGGGUGUAACCAACAUAAGGCGCAUGUUAAAAGCUGAUAGACAACAUUCUCUGUACAGAAAAAAGACUUUCUGCUCAGAGCUCAAUUUAUGUUUAAAGGACAUGAAACUGACAGGGAGGUGAAAUGGCAGAACAGGCAGUUCAGGUAGACCAAGAAACCUUCUCCUGUUCGAUCUGUCUGGAUCUACUGAAGGAUCCGGUGACUAUUCCCUGUGGACACAGCUACUGUAUGAACUGUAUUAGAAGCUUCUGGGAUGAAGAGGAUCAGAAAGGAAUCCACAGCUGCCCUCAGUGCAGAAAAACUUUCACACCAAGGCCUGUCCUGGAGAAAAGCAUAAUCUUAGCAGGAGUAGUGGAGCAGAUGAAGAAGACUGGACUCCAAGACACUCCUGCAAAUCACUGCUAUGAUGUACCUGAAGAUGUGGCCUGUGAUUUCUGCAUUGGAGGAAAACUGAAAGCCAUCAAGUCCUGUUUAGUCUGUCUGGCCUCUUACUGUGAGAAACAUCUUCAGCCUCAUUAUGAAGUGUUAUCUCUCCUAGAGAAUCACAUCCUGGUGGAGCCCAUCAAGAACCUCCAGCAGAACAUCUUGUCUUCAGCAGAGGGAACAGAGAAUCCGAUAUGGUUUGACAUUGGACUAUAUACUGAUCCAUAUAUUUUACAGUCAGAACCAGAACCAAAGACCAGAGCUGACUUCUUAACAUAUUGUCGUGAAAUCACGCUGGAUCCAAACACUGCACACCCACAGCUGGUACUAUCAUCGGGGAACAGGAAGGUAACAUUUACAUAUAAUCAACAAAGUCAUCAUAGUCACCCAGACCGGUUCACUGAAUGGUUUCAAGUUCUGAGUGACGAGAGUCUGACUGGACGUUGUUACUGGGAGGUGGAGUGGAGAGGGAGGGGAGUUUCUGUAGCAGUCGCAUACAAGAACAUCAGCAGAGCAGAAGGUGGCAUUGAAUGUGGAUUUGGACAUAAUGACAAAUCUUGGGCUUUACUUUUUGAAGUAAAUGGUAAUUCAUUUUGGUACAACAAUACCAAAACCCAUAUCUCAGGUCCUGGUUCCUCCAGAGUAGGAGUGUACCUGGAUCACAGAGCAGGUCUUCUGUCCUUCUACAGCAUCUCUGAAACCAUGACUCUCCUCCACAGAGUCCAGACCACAUUCACUCAGCCGCUACUUGCUGGACUUAGGAUGUAUAAUACUGCGCUCUCUGCUGAGUUCUGUAAACCCAGAUAGACAAUUUUCACUACAUACUCUGUCACAUUUGUUUUCUUAAAUAAUCGUCUUUAUUAUUAAGUACAGCCCAGAAAUCAUUUUAUUCAGAAUUUCACAUUGAUAUUUUUUUUCUUUUAAUGUCCCAAAAUGUAUCAUUAAAACAGCUAACUGUUAAAAAAACUAUUUUUUUAAUUAAUUGCUUUUGAUCAGGAGAGGCUUUGAAUUAACCUUAACCAAUUGUUCACCAGAUUGAAAAGAGUGAAACCAGUUCUUUGAUCACCUUCUUGUUUGAACACAUUUUGUUGAGUCCUGACUCACAGGAGACAACAAAUAUUGUCUCAUUGUGGACUUGAGCUGAUUUCAUGUCUUGUUGAUUUUUAGGAGGAGAAACUUCACAAUAAAGCUGUCAUGUUUCUUCACUGUUUAACUCUGUUGGUGAUGGCAUACUGCCCCCUACAGGAAGGUUGUGUUGUUACAUGAUUUCAAAAUGUUAGUGAUCGGAGGGGAACCUCCCACAGGUGCUACUGCAGAAGUCUAUGACAUCUUCAUUGAUGUUAGUUAUAAAUGUCUUAAAAUUUUGAUUACCCUAAAUAAAUGUCUUAUUUGUUUGA